AUGAUCGUGUUUGAGCAAUUUGGGUUCACAAAAGGUGGUCAGAUAGCCAUUUCCGUAAAAGAUGUCUCUUGGAAAUCAAGCAAUCGAAAGGCAGAACUUAACCCUUCUUCCAUGGGAUUUUUUCUGGCUAGAGACUCUUCAUUUUCAACAAUAUUCAUGAAUGAUUCGCUACAAAGUAAUGACGAAAGCUUUUGUGUCUUGUCUAGCCGGUAUGUAAAGCUCCUGUUCAAUUUCAAUGAUCUUAGCCUGAAUACGUCAACUUAUAAUGGUUCUACAGCUAUUGAUGAGGCUGAUGAAUAUAGUUUGGUAUUUGGAAAUUGCCAGCCAGAAUUUGAAGUUUCAAUGUAUGUACAUACCGAGAUGUAUAACUUACAAGAUGGUGCAAAAAAUUACCUUCCUGUAGGACAAACUUUUUUGCCAAAAUUUUUUUCUUGA